AUGAAAACCGCUGUUCUUGUUAGUCUUCUGCUUUUACAACUUCUUCAAAUUCCCGGACUAUUGGCAGAGCUCCGAACGUCUGACAGUUUGAUUCAAUGCCUGGAAGAGAUGGGUCAUGAUUCUAUCAACAAAAGAAUCCAACUAUGCCCUGAAGAAAUCCCAACAUGCACAAUCUCAGUGACUAUGGGAGAAAUAAAGGUCAUUACCCAAUGUGGCAGAAUCGUGGGACAAAUCUUACAUAUGGAGUAA